AUGAGCCUAUCAGUGACUUCCCAUUGGGAGGGCCCCAAAACCACAACAUGGAAACCCGCAAAGGGUACCAACGGCGAUCAUACCAAUGGUGCCAAGGAAGUUGCUAAGGAAGCUUCCAAGGUGCCCGUUGCACGCUUUCUCCCACCCGGCUUCACCACUGAGAAGUUUCAAGACUUUGCAUCGCGGCUUCAGGCUAUCGUCAGUCGUGAAAACUUGUUCGUCGUCACUGAAGACACAGCGCUCGAGGACGGCGACUACCUGACUAUCGAUUGCCAGACACACGACAUGCACUUCCUCUACGAACGUGAGGAAUUCGUGGGAAGUGCGCUGGUGCACCCCCGCAACGUCAGUGAGGUGCAAGAGAUCGUGCGUCUUUGCAAUGAGUUCGUUAUGCCGGUGUGGUCUAUCAGUCGCGGCCACAACAUCGGAUAUGGCGGCGCAGCACCACGAGUCUCGGGCAGUCUCGUCAUGCACAUGGGCACGCACAUGAACAAAAUCCUCGAGGUUGAUGCCGAGAACUGCUUCUGUCUGGUGGAACCGGGAGUGACAUUCCUUCAGAUGCAGGAGUAUCUUAUCAAGCAUAAUCUGAUCGAUAAGGUGUGGAUCGAUGCCCCAGAGUUGGGCUUUGGCUCCAUGAUUGGAAAUGCCCUUGAUCGUGGCGUCGGCUUCACCCCCUAUGGCGAUCACUGGAUGAACCACUGUGGCAUGGAGAUCGUCCUGGCCAACGGCGAACUUGUGCGAACGGGUAUGGGGGCCAUGUCAAGUCCCGAAGGCCGGAAGCAGGCUAAGGCUGGGGUCCCACCGCAGGAUCAGACGCCGAAUGAGUGUUGGCAACUUUUCAACUAUGGCUUUGGCCCCUAUAACGAUGGUAUCUUUUCCCAAAGCAACAAUGGCAUCGUCACCAAGAUGGGAAUGUGGAUGAUGCCCAAUCCUCAUGGCUAUACCCCCUUCAUGGUCACCUAUGAGAAGGAUUCCGAUCUACCCGCUGUCAUCGACAUCAUCCGCCCGCUGCGAGUGAACAUGGUGCUGCAGAACGCGGCUAGCCUGCGACACGUAGCUCUGGAUGCCGCUCACUAUCAUCCGCGAACCGAAUAUACUGAUGACACGUUUGAUGUGCCUUUGACAGAGGAACAGCUGGAUGCAGCAGCCAAGAAGCUUGAUCUCGGUCGAUGGAUAUAUAUGGGCGCCGUCUACGGCCCAGAGCCGGUGCGCAAGGCGCUCCUAGAAGUGACUAAGAAGGAGAUGUGCAAAGUUCCCGGUAGCCGCUGGUUCCUCCUCGAAGACCGCAAGGAAGAGUUCAGCACGCUGCACUCACGUGCGGAGACCAUGAUGGGAAUCCCGAAUUGGGAUGAGCUGCGUUGGUUGAAGCAUUGGAUUCCCAACUGCACCUUCUUAUCCUUCUCCCCGAUUUCCAAGGUCGACGGCCAGUCGGCGUGGAAGCAGUAUCAGAUGGCCAAGAAUCGUUUUGCGGAGGCCAAGUUGGACUUCUUUGGCAUCUUCAGCAUCGGACUUCGAGAGAUGCACAAUGUCAUCUGCAUCGUCUACAAUCGCGAAGACGCCGCUAUGCGCAAGCGCGUUCAAUGGUUGGUGCGCACAUUGAUCCAGGACUGUGCUGACAACGGCUGGGGCGAAUUCCGAACUCACGUCGGGUUGAUGGACCAGAUCGCUGAUACGUAUGACUUCAACGGCCAUGCUCUCAUGAAGUUGAACGAAACCAUCAAGAAUGCGCUCGACCCCAAGGGCAUCUUGGCGCCGGGCAAGAGUGGGGUUUGGCCAAAGAGCUAUGAUCGAUCCAAAUGGGCGCUGGGACAGGAUUACAUUAAAUAG